UAUUACUGCUGUUGCCUCCUUCUACAUUUUUACACACCGAAGAAUUGAAGUAGAUAAGCCAAGCAAGCGACACUUUUGCAAUAAUGCUGUGUUGGAAGUCAGCAGUAGUCACAGUAAUGCUUCUCACUGCAUGCCUUCAUUACAGCAAUGCAGUUCCCAGUGCUGUAGAAGAAGCAAGUACCUGCUGCUAUACAUUUGCAGGAAAACCCAUUUCUAUCAAAAGACUGAAGGGCUUUUACUGGACAAGCAGCACAUGUUCCAAAAAAGCAGUUGUGCUCAUCACCAUGAAAAACAGAGAGAUAUGUGCUAACCCAGAGCUUACCUGGGUUAAUAACAUAUUGAAAAUGAUAAAUCAAAAUAAGAAUCCACAGUGAGAGUAAAACUAAAUCUUUUUUGCAUGCCUGAAGUUCUGAUACAACUGAGCAGUCAUUAACUGGUGCAGGGUUUAAACUCGACAAAACUGUGAAUGCAUAUGUAAUAGAUCACCUAAAAAUGGUUGCUUGUGUUUUACUUAAUGCAUAAUGAAAGAUGUUUGCCAAAAGUGAAUUUACAGUAAUCCAUAACAGCUGCAAUUAACUUAUUUGUUUUAUGUGUACAUUUCAUUAAGUCAAAAUGAUUUGAUGUUAAGUAUUUAAACAGUGCUGUAAAGCUGUAUUGGACUUUGGGAAUAGACCAGAAUUAAAAAAAAAAUGCAAUCAUUGUCACAUUUGUUAGUUUUGCUGUUAUACCUCAGUUCUGUCAUUAAAACAACUGGUCAGCAGUCACAACUAUUCAAACAAUUAUGAGUCAUAUCGUGCCUUCUAGGUUUCUGAUAUACGCUUAAGAAAAUUAUUACUUCUUUUCUUGCCUUGUAAUGUUUUCUUCAUUAAACUGAUAAUGUACACUUUGUAUUGUUAGAAAUUUGAAAAUUUUUGAGGUAGAAACAUACUGUGCCACUAUAUUAAACUAUGUUGUGCACUUCUGUGUAUUAAAAUAUUUCUAUGUAAUAAAAUAUUUGCUUUUCAGAUCCAUUAUUUGACUGUGCUGUGCUAACGUUUAUUCUGUGAUGGUUUUUAGUGAAGCAUGUUUCUAUAUUUACUUUCAGAGAGGAGUCAGAGACAUGGCCGGAUUUUACUAAAGACAGACUGCUUUAAGCUUUCAUCUGUAGUAAAUGCUGUUG